UGGUGCAGCGGCUCACGGCGCGCUUGCAGGAAAGCAGCCGCAGACUCUUCUGAAAAAAGGAUGCUUGAGUCGUCUAACAGCGACCUCCAACAUGUCAGGAUCCGUUAUCACUUCGUGGCACGUAAUGCCAAUGAGCUCACCGUGCAGCCGGGUGAGGUGCUGGAGGUCUUGGAAAACAAUAAACAGUGGCGGCUGCUGAGGAACCGCAGCGGUCAGUCGGGCUACGUGCCGUGUAAUGUGCUAGAAGAGGUCAAACCAGGAGAGCAACAGUACAACCGUGCUGCUCUCUUCAACAGCCAGGCUGUGAAUCCUUACAAAGGUACCUCCGCUGGCCCUGUAAAUCACGCAGAGGUUUUGGAGAUGAAUAAAUCCUCAAGGGAUAAAGAUAACCGCGACCAACAGAAGGAGGUAAAUGAUGAAUUGCUGAAGAGGAUAACCGACAAUAAGGCCCAGCCCCCAGCUCGAAACUUUCGGGUGGAGCGUUCAAGUACGUCCAUGCCCAUCACAUAUGAAUCCCAGCCCUUUGAGGUCCACGCUUGGCUCAACGCAAAGGGAUUCUCUAGACCGGUGGUGGAAUGUCUUGGUAUUCUGAACGGGGCUCAACUAUUUUCCCUCAGUAAGGAUGAGCUGAAAGCCGUGUGCGGGGAUGAGGGUUCCCGUGUCUUCAGUCAGAUCACUGUGCAGAAAGCUCAAAUAGAGAGGGGUCGUGGGGAUACAGAACUACAGGAGAUCAUGAGGCGACGACAACAGGAGGUGGAGGGCUCAACCUGGGAAUGAUUACAGUCAAUCAGGCCGUCACAUUUUCUUCAACACUCUUGUUCACCCUACAAUCAACAGCCGCCCAGAGGAAUUCAGAACAGAUGGACUAAACAACUCCAGUCAUUAGUGAAGCCCAGUCCAGCCUAUUUCCUUUAUGACCCAUACAAUGUAGUGCUUAACGCUAGUGCUUAAACUGAUGAACAUGAAUGCACUGGGAGUGAAGUCUUUAACCUCCAUUUAUAGAGAGGAAAAUGAUUUUGAUAGAGGGCAUUGACUUAUGAUUGGUGCUAUUAAAGGAGUAGUUCACCCAAAAAAAGAAAAUUCUUUCAUUAUUUAUUCUCAACAAUCUCAUGUCGUUUCAAAACCCAUUUGCUGUUAUUUUUAUUCACUAGCUUUUAAAUCAGCUAUGGUGCUGUUCAGCACAUCUCGUCAAAUGUCACUGCUUCUAAGGGUGAGUAAAUAAUGACAUUGAUUAAUUUUCAUUUUGGGGUAAGCUAUUCCUUUAAUCUGACAUUCGAAACAAGUCCCAUCUGUUUCUGCAUAAAUAAUAAAUGGGGAAUAAAAAAAAUAAAUAAAACGAUAUUAAGUAAUGCAGUGAAGUAUUGUAAUCUAUUAUCACAUACUUAAUUUGGUUAAAUGACUACUUGAAUAUUAAUUUUAAACAAUGUGUUGGUAUUUAUUUUUUCAUUGCUUCAGUACACUUAUGCUUCACACUUCAUUAAUGCAAAUCAAAUCAUGUUUAUUCAUGUUUGUGGAUGAUUAGUGCAGACUAUCAACUUUUCCCUCAUAUUUCAUAAUAACUUUUGAAUUAUGAUUCUGAAUAUAUCGUUUGGCACUAAAUAACAAAAUAAAAAAUUAUGCAAGCAUGUGUAUAUUAGUACGUGUGCAAGUUAUGGGGUCCAUACUUCUGUAAUUUUUUUUUUUUUUACAUGAAUCAUGUAUUGUGCCAGAUGUCACUACACUAUUGCUUUUCACUUUUCACAAUUCCUGGUUCUCUCUUUGGCCGAUGUUGUCUAUAAAGCCCACUUUGAGCCCUGUGCAAACCAUAAGGCUGAAUCUCUAACCGCCUCACUGACUGACAGCUUUGCUACUAGGCCUCACAGGGGGCACAUAACAGUGGCUUUCAGUUUGUCUUGUUGCUUUAUUUCUGGAAUAGAUUGUGAACGCAUCAGCGAGUAUUGUGCUGUGUUCAGGAUGAGUGAGAAUGACCUCCAUCUCUCCCUUUGUAUGCACUGUCAUAACGCCUCCCGGCCUUAAGAGAGGGUGGAUGUGGCUGCGUAUUGUCACUAUGAUUCAUGGCAUGAAUCAAUGCCUAAUGAUGGGACUUACAGAGAGGAACAUCAAAGAAAAGAUACUGGAGAUUUGCAGCGCAGUGGAACUAUUGUUACUUGCAUCCAGAGAAUAUACCAUUUUUGAGAGAAUUUCCUCUACUUUGUAUUGAUAUACAAUACACAGAGCAGUGAUUAUUAUUUCUCUACGAUGCUUCAUUUCACAUUAAAGCACUGUAUUAGAACUUGAUUAGUUUUGGCCAAAAUAUGUGAUCCAUGAUGUCCAAAACUUCAUUUGUCUGAGAACUAUGAUUGCU